CUCGCUAUCUUGUCAAGCUCAUCAAGCAAGAAGAUAUCCCUCUCUGAGCAUUAUACUUAAGACAGUCAGUUUAUGAAGAGGGGAUCGAAUGGACUGUUGCAAUGGUUAGACUAUCAAUUUACUUUCCCAAAUCCCUGAACUCCGAGUGGCUAUGAAGGCGGGGGCCUCGUCCAUGUGGGCUUCGUGCUGUGGUCUGCUGAAUGAAGUCAUGGGCACGGGGGCGGUACGAGGCCAGCAGCCCGGGUUCGGAGCGGGAGCAGGACCCUUUCGAUUUGCCCCCAGCGCGGGCUACUCCACAUACCCCCCCACAACGUCAGGGAGCCCCAGCCUGGUGUGCAAGGCCUGUGGACAGGCCUUCUCUGUGUUUCGAAGAAAGCACGUUUGCUGCCAAUGCAAGAAGAGCUUCUGCUCGCUGUGCUCCGUGCUGCGGGACAACCAGCGCACCUGUGCCACUUGUCACCUGCUGAAGGGCACGGCCUUCCAACGCCCGCUGCUCAUGCGCCUGCGCGUCAAAGACCUGCGCCAGUACCUGGUGCUGCGUAACGUGCCCACGGACACCUGUAGGGAGAAGGAGGACCUGGUGGACCUGGUGAUGUGUCACCAGGGGGCCGAGGGGGAGGAGGGGGAGGAGGAGGGGGAGGACCUCGACAGGGCCAGCCUCAGCUCCCACGUCCUCUACACCCCGCCCCCUUCAGCGGCGCACUCGGCGUCCGAGCUGACCGCCCUCGCCGUGUCUCAGGGGGAAGCGCUCAGCCCGAGUGACAGCUCGGGGACCAAUCAGGAUCUAGGCGAUGUUACGUCUUUCUCCCUCUUGAACCUGGAACCCAGUGAACACACUCCAGAGGUGAGCCCUCAGACACGGAGGCAGGCCCGGGCUUCCCUCUCCGACAUCUCCAGCCACAGGGACAUCGAGGGCCUGUCUGUCCGGCAGCUGAAGGAGAUCCUGGCCAGGAACUUUGUCAACUUCUCAGGGUGCUGUGAGAAGUGGGAGCUUGUGGAGCGCGUGGUCAGGCUGUACAGGGAGGCCGAGGACAACAGGAAUUCAGUGGAAGACGUGAGCGCGGCUGUCACUGCAGACGGCGAGCGUUCUCAGCUGACCAGCCACGACGACAGCCUGUGCAGGAUCUGCAUGGACGCCGUGAUCGACUGCGUGCUCCUGGAGUGCGGUCACAUGGUCACCUGCACCAAGUGUGGCAAGAGGAUGAGCGAGUGCCCCAUCUGCAGGCAGUACGUGGUGAGGGCCGUGCACGUCUUCAAGUCUUAACGCGUCCCCCCCUCACCCCCUCCCCCUCCAUCACCACUUCCUUAAGACACGCCCCCCUCCUCCAGCGGACGUUUGGGACCGUCCGUGUCAGAGACCAACCACGCAGCUCACAAACCUACCAGACUCUUAUCAGUGGAUUUGCUCCGUUUGUCAGUGUUUAAUCGUCUUUGAUUUAAGAGUUUGACGAAGCCACCGCUUGACCAAUGAAAUCCACCCUCACGUGAAAUUAUUCCGAAACCCAACACGUGUGCUGGUCCCAAGAUGUCGAUGUUGUUAUGCUUUUCUUACUAAUGUUGACUUGAAUAUGAAUGUGAGGUAUUCAAACACGUGCAAUCUUGUCUAACAUGACGUGUCACUCAUGGAUCUACCUAUGGACUGAGAACAUGCUCAGAACACACACAAAAAAUAACUGACGCUGCAGAUCUUAGUAAGAUAAAUAUGAUGAAUAUACUGUGUUUAACUGUAUUGAAAUCCGCAGGGUGAGUGAUGUAGGUGCCAAAUAACAGGUGUGAAAUGUCCUCUUGCAUUUCUCACCCUUGUUCUCACCUUAUGUACGUGUGUAUGUUUGAUAAUUAGCAUGUCAUACGAUUAUCUGUACCAUAUUUUCAGAUUUGACCAAUUUUGUGUACCACUGUUCAUUGCAUCCAUGAACCAGGACUGGGAGCUUACUUCUCUUGAAUGAAUAUUAGCAAACUAUCACUCUGUAAUGGUAUAAACGUUAUACUGGUUGAUUGUUACCGUGUGUUAUGUCUUCUGAUAAUAGCAAUAUCGCUGUGGAUUAUCUGUGACUAAAACAGAACCGGUGCUAACUGAAAUUCAACUAUACUCCUAGUGUUUUCUUUUGUCUUCACACCUACUUUGUUGUGUAUGUGUCGUUAUGAAUGUCUUUGUUUUCUAGGAAGUCAAGGGAAUACCUUAUUAUGCAUUUAUGUCUGCUGAUGCAUUCUUAUUAUAGUGUUUUGGGAUCAUCAAUAUUCUGUUCAGUUGAACUGUUCAAAGACGUAGCUGCAAGUUUACAGACACUUGUAUCAUGUAAACAAUACAGAAUGAAAAAGUGACUUAUAUAGUUGCAAAUAUAUUGUUUCAUAUCACUGAGAUGUACAUAUCUAUAUUUUUUUCCAUUUAAUUUAAAUGUGUAAUGACAUGUUCAAGAUGUCCAUCAGAUUAGGUUAGUUUAUUAUUAAAUGAAAGAGUUAUGUUUCACUGUCAGAUGAUAAGACUUUCAUUCAUGGAUUUGCCUAAACUUAGAAGCAGAGCAUGAGGACAUUUAUCAAGGCACGGGACUGAAUACUUAAUUUUCCCUUCUGCUCUUAAAAAAUAUCUAGCACUGUACUGUAUCACAUAUCUACAUUGCUGCUAUCACAGAUACAAUGUCACAUGCAAACCACAACAGCAGUUGAGCAGGUUGCACUUUCCUUGGGAAUGGUGUGUAGAACUAUAUCGUGUGCAAGGUCUGGUCUUUGUAUUUCAGAAUGGUAAACUUUUUAUUUUGGUAAUUAAAGAUUUAAAAUUGGAAAUACAUUUAUUGAGUCUUUGUCUUUAGCUCGUAACAUACACAGCCUCUCGAACAAUGGAGAGCGUUGAAGCCAAGUUACACUGUUGCCUGGAAACCGACAGCUGCACCCCGCUUCAAAACGUGGUGAUACCGACAUGAUCCUUGUUAAGUUGAGUAAAGGGCUUCUCAAGGGCAUCCAACGGUCAUGUCUACUCACAGAGUAAGCAACCGUAGGUCAGCUAUGAGCCAGGCAUUUUUCGAAUGCUUUGGUGUCUCAUGUCAACAUGUCUGUGUCACCAUCAGCCGGAACUUGGGUAUUAUCAGCCACUGUAUAAAAUACCUGGUGAUUGUUGAGAAAAAUAUUUUUAAAUUGCAAAAUAUAUGAACACAGCUUGUGAAUCACAAUUCCCAUCCUACAAUAGGAUAUAUGUAUAUAGUAUCUAGCAUGCUAAAUAGUAUGGUAGUAUUAGUAUUGGGACUUAACAUAGGUUUUAGAUUUAACAUGUGCAUCUGUAGAAGCAAAAAUACAUUUUACACCCAUCAUAUUUUAGUCAUUUAUUGACCACAUAUUUCAUUUACACAUUUAUGACAAUUAUAUCAAAUGUUCAUAUUUUAAUAAAGUAAAUCAAGCCAAAGUCAGUCCCUUUGGCACGUGUCAUGGAAACCACAGCAUUCUAAAUAAACACCCGGGUCAAAGCAGACUUUAUAAGAGCACUAUCCAGUUCUUAGAGAUAUCUGAGAACCAUUCAACAAACUGUAUGUGGGAGUGUGUGGAACUGCAAACAUUAAAUUAUUCAAAAUAUUUUUACUUAUUGCCAGAUGUGUAAAUGAUGGUUGUAUAAAAAAUAUAUAUUUUUACAUUUAACACAUUUCUAACAGGUAGAAAUACACAGCCAAACAAAGUCAAUUCAACAAAACCACAAACCAUUAUAAAGGUACAAUCUAAACAGCACAAAAACACUCAUGCUUUGACUUCCCUCGACACCUUUUCUCCUGGAGUUAUACAUCCUACCCCUUUGUACAAAGACUCCACUUUGAGUGUGUUAGGGUGCGGUAAUAUCCAUAAAGACACCAAUGACAAGAA